AUGGAGAUGCAACGCAUCCUCACACAAUACACAAUCAUCGAUUUUGCUGGAAAUCAGAUCCAAAGACAAAUUCUAGAAUCCAUUAGUAUAUUGAAAGAACUUCAUGUUCUCAAUCUUUCAAACAAUGCUUUGACGGGCCAUAUCCCAUCUUCUUUGGCAAACCUGACGAAUCUCAAGUCACUAGACCUAUCGCAAAACAAGAUUAGUGGUGAGAUUCCUCCGGAUAUCAGGAGUCUCUCUUCUCUUGAGUGGAUAAAUGUUUCAUAUAAUCAUUUGGUAGGUCCCAUACCACAAGGUGAUUUGAAGUACACUCUAUACGGUGUGAUAGUUCAUGUGGGUGAAUUGAUCAGUUCGGGUCAUUACUACUACUAUGUUCGCACUUCAAGUGCAUGGUAUUGCCUUGAUGACUAUAGGGUUUUCAAAGUUAGUGAGAAGGCUGUGUUGGAUGCCAAGGCAUAUAUUAUGUUAUAUGCUCUUGAUAGGCAAGAGACGAGUAAUGGUGCCGAAAUGUCUCAGAUAAAUACUGCUGAUGAUGCUGAAAGAGAAAAAUGUGAGGCGGGUGUUGGAAAGGCCACUGGGAAGCCUCUAGGCGAAAGAUUACAAUGGAUUCAAGGAUAUCAUGAAGAGUUUGAAAGCUGA